CCGGCCUUAGUAAUUAAGUAUAAGGUACUAUAUAAGUUACGACGUAACGAGGUUAUUACCGAUCUAAAGUUAAAAAUUAAACCCGAACGUAAUAUAAUAAAUAAAAAUAGUAAGGGGUUUAGGUUUACGUUAAGAUCGCUUAUUAUUAUUAUCGCAACCUAG